AUGUCGCUUCUUCUCAAAGACAUAGUCGGGGAGGUGCAUGGAAACACCGCCAUGGGUAUCCACCCGACAGUGCUGGCGUUGGUUGACGCGUUUCUCAGCUACUUGCGCGAGCCUCGGUACCAGAACCCACUCUCCUUAGCCGAGUUGGCUAACCUCUUCCAAAGCUUUUAUGCGGACUUGGACUCGUUGGUCAUCAACAUAUACACGCAGCUGAACACCAACAAACGUCAUCUUUUGCAGAAAUCAGGGAUUUUCAACUCUGAUCCGGAUACGUUUGAUUACUUGGUGGCUAUCGCCAAUUACUCUCUGUCAUCAAUCAAACUCGUGAAACGUACGGAUCCAGCGGCAAUGAAGCAGCUCAGAGUUUUCGCAUAUUACAAGAUGUUGACUAUCCUCGAUACCGUGGAGAAGGCCCAAUAUGACUUGUUCUCCUCUGGAAAUCCCGGGGAUAAGUCCUCGCUAUAUGACAAAAUCUUCCGGUUUGACGAGCGAGACAUCAGAGUGCAGCGUUUGUUCUCUGAGAAGAUUCGUGUGCUUCGCCACUUGAACUUGAACUUCAGCAGCUUCUGUGAUAUAACUGAUACAGAGGAAAAAGUCAAACUCGACGAGUUCUUCCUUACCUUCCACAUUGAUCAGAAUCCCACAUUGGAGAAAAUCCAGUCGAGUCUCAGGCUAAUGAAUCAGGUGCGAACGCCAUCUGCGAAGCUUAAGCAUAUCGUCAAGACCCAAAAGCUCGUGAUCAUAUUGCUAUCCGCUUUUUAUGACCAUGACACCUCUAAGGUGAACAAUGAUAUACUUCUCCCUGCGCUUAUUUACAUCAUCAUAAACCACUUGCCUGAAAGUGACUCAUCACCGCAAGAGAAUCUGCAUCUGAAGCUUGAAGCUGAAUACGAUUUCUACCUCAACUUCACUUUUGUUAAGAACUUUUUGAACUUGAUCGAUCCUUACAACGUGGACUGUUCCUUGUUUACCCUUAGCUCUUCGCUACUGUCAUACAAUCCAACUGAAAAGAAACGGUCAUUCCCUCGUAGUGAACGGAAGACCUCGAGUAAUUUGUAUGAAUUACUCAACUUAACUGAAUCUCCUGCCACGGUAGAUACUGAGGAGGUUCCAACACUUCCACUCAGAGAGUUGGAAGAUGACCAGAGCUUGAUUAGUCACAUCCAAUCGACCUAUUUGAACAACGGGGAGCAUCAAUAUUACCUCACUAAUUUCGAGGCUAUAUUGUAUUUCUUGCUGAAUACGCCAAUCAAGGAGCUAAUCCCUGAUGACUUCACAAUCCCAGAGUCUUACAAAGAGAGCAUCCAUUUUAAUAUGAACUUACAAGAGAUAAUCGAAUGCUCUGAUAAGAGAAGGGCACAACUGCUGCCGGAGAAACCACUGGAUGAUGACAUCUCUAAGAUGAUGCAAGAAGAGAUGGAUGGAUCUAGAGCUCGUUCAAGUUCCCUUUUCAAUACCAUUACCAGUGCAGUGUCACAGUCUGUCAACCGCUCUCGUUCGAAUUCUGCUCUCAAAUCACCAACAAAGGAAGAAAGCAACGACUUUGAAGCUUCUUUAACUGCUUCCCCGUUUGCUGGAGACCUGGUAGACCAUUAUGGAUUAGCGAAAGUGAGGAACAUAUUGGGACGUCUUGGGCUGGUAUCCACAAUACAAAUGCGUCCUCCCCCUCUUGAUGAAGAAGCAGAAAGCAUCAUCACGAAUACUGAUGACCUUGGACCGGAAUUUGGAGAUGCUCGCGCGAAGCGCUCGCUGUCAUUCUUUGAUAAGCUCUCACCCAAUCAUUCUAGAACUAGAUCUGGCUCAUUGGAGAAUGCCGCAGGCAUGAUGAGCAAUAAUUCUGCCUUGCGCAGAUCCACAUUGACGUCAAAGUUUUCCAGUGGAGUUACUGAAUUGAUGACCAAACUCAGCACAGCAACAACCACCGGGCCCUCUUCUGCCAAUUUGAUCCCAGCCUCUGCAAAUGUUGGACACACAUCCAAUUUGUCAUUACAUUCCAUUGAAGAGCCUUCUCCUUUUGAAGAUCAUUCCAAGAGACCAUCGUUUAGCAAGCGUUCUGCCAGCCUUCAAACUAUGGAACGGUGGUUUAACAAUAUCCCCGAAGCCACCACAGAAGCAAAUCACCAGCCAACCAGCAGCAAUGCCAGCAAUCAAUACACUACGGGUGAGUCUAACUACAACGAAGGCUCAGUUUUCAGUGCUUCUUUCGGAGAGUUAACUAGAUAUCAGCACAUUGAUUUUGAGUCGCUUACCAUUAAUGAUUUGAAGACAUUGAAAGGGUACUAUGAUCAGCUUUGCUCUGAGGUCAUGUCCACCAAAUCAGGAUCUAAGACGAGUAACGAGUUCUUACCUGAAGACGAUAAAGGGCAAACUAGCUUGUGA